CAAUGUGUUUGUCCAUGUCCGUCAAAAUAAUCGUUAGCGUGGCAUUGAAAUGCUAAAGGCGAAGUCGUUGGCUUUAAAAUUUAAUUAAAUUUACACUCAUUGUUUACCCGUUCGGUAACGAGGCCUUUUCAUGGCGUACCAUUAAUUCACCAUAGUCAUUGAGACCACGGGCGAGAGAUGACGUAGGAUUUCAGCAUAAGUACAGUCACCUCGAGAGAAAAGCGAUCGCGUCCGCAUAAUAAUCACCAAGUGUCUCACUGCACUCGUUUUCAGUGUAUAUCUACGAUAGAAAUAAGGAAAAGAGAUCGCGAAAGAUGAUUCCUGACCAUUACUUCGACGAAGGCCUAAACGGCACACUGUACCCGAACGAUAUGAAGCAAGGUAAUACCGGUAAGGUGGUCUAUGAGAAGACGCAGGCUGAUUAUGAGCAAGAACAGCGAGACAUGCUCUCGUCACAAGAUGGCGACACUUGCGAGACCCACGACCAGUUCUAUCGCGACCACAAGCUGCUGCUGGUGCUGUUCCGAGCUCUAGCCGUAAUGCCUAUCACCAGGUCACGCCCAGGCACAAUCACCUUCAGUUGGAAAUCCCGCGCCACCAUGUACGCCAUCUCCUUCUACAUAGUAGCCACCGUGGUGGUCCUCAUGGUGGGCUACGAGCGCGUCAUGAUCCUCCGCUCCAUUAAGAAGUUCGACGAGUACAUCUACGCCAUCUUGUUCGUGGCGUUCCUUGUGCCGCACUUCUGGAUACCCUUCGUGGGGUGGGGCGUGGCGCACCAGGUCGCCAUUUAUAAGACUAGCUGGGGGAAGUUUCAAGUUCGAUAUUACCGGGUGACUGGCGAAAACCUGCAAUUCCCAAACCUGAAGACCCAGAUCGUCAUCAUAAGCGUAGGAUGCCUUCUCCUGGCCAUAUGCUUCCUCCUCAGCCUCUGCGCUCUCAUGGACGGCUUCCUCCUCCGCCACACAACCGCCUACUACCACAUCAUCACGAUGAUCAACAUGAACUGCGCCCUCUGGUACAUUAACUGCAAAGGGAUCAAGAUAGCCUCGCAAAGCCUAUCGGAAUGUUUUCGCAGGGACGUAAACGUGGAUACCUCGGCGAAGCUGAUAUCGCGGUACCGCUUCUUGUGGCUGAACCUGUCUGAGCUGCUGCAGUCUCUCGGCAACGCGUACGCGCGGACUUACUCCACAUACUGCCUAUUCAUGUUCUUCAACAUCACCAUCGCGGUGUACGGCGCGCUCUCCGAGAUCGUGGACCACGGUUUCGGGUUCAGCUUCAAGGAGAUGGGACUUUUCGUCGAUGCCGCUUACUGUUCCACUUUACUGUUUAUCUUCGCUGACUGCUCCCACAAGUCCACGCUCAAGGUGGCGGCCGGAGUCCAAGACACCUUGCUGGGUAUUGACGUGCUGGCUAUCGACAGGCCUGCUCAAAAAGAGAUCGACCACUUCAUACAAGCCAUCGAGAUGAAUCCCGCCGUUGUCAGCCUGAAAGGUUACGCGCACGUCAACAGAGAGCUACUUACUUCGACAAUAAGCAUGAUAGCUAUUUAUUUAAUCGUGCUGCUGCAGUUCAAGAUAUCGCUGCCAAAAACUGACUCUUAAAAACCUAAUCUACGGAACUUUCCAUCGGCUAAAAGUUCAUUCACUCACUGAGAUAAACUUAUUCCAUAAUUAUUACUGUGAGUUGCUAGUCUGUCACAAGUUACAGUUCGUUUUUUACCUCGGAGUAAUUAACAAUGGAGCCGCCAUUAACAGGCGUUCCCCUCUGUCGAAAAAAGGCGGCCAAUGGUCAACUACAUGUCAACCAUAUGUAUGGACUGACGUUUAUCUGACAUGACGUACCUAUACAUUUGAUGUGCCCCUCCCCCGCAAAAAACGGCAGACUAUUUUGUACCGAAAAUUUUAGACAUGGCGUCUCCGUUGGUUAUAUCCUCCAAGUUUUUUACCAUUAGAAAAAAGGUAAACAAUCUUGACUUGUCUUUUUAUUGAAAAAACACUUUUGAAAAAUAAGUCACGGCAAAUAAGUAACAAUUAUGAAUCAUAUAUUAUUGUUUACAUUCCUUUGCUUUCAUAAGUAAUAUAUAGUUACUGAUUUAUAAAAAGCGUUUUUCAAUUAAAAGAUACGCCUAUACCUCGUUCAGUUUAAAGAGUUAGCAAAGCACCCUCUCUUUUGCACUUUUGUAUGCAAAUGAAAGGAAAUGGCACAUGGGCGUGAACAAUAGUACCUCACUGGCAGCCGCGGCUUACAUGCCAUCGCUUGGAAUAUUUUUUACUUAUUUAUUAGUUUAAGUUCGUACGUAAGAUUUCUCAUAUUAACCCUUUAGUAGGUAACGGCAAGAUAUUUGCCGUCAGACAAUCCGGACAUUUUUAUAUGUUAUAGAUUUUUUUAAACGGUACAAUAAUUCCAUAAGUAGACAUGUAAGAAUACUAGUAUAAGUUACAAUGGGGCUGACAUAAUCAUGUAACUGAUUUAAGUCCCUAAAUAUAAUAAUAUAGAAUAAAAAAAAUCCGGACAUUUAUUAUUUUUAUUUUGAUUGCUGCAAAAACCAUCCUUCAAAUACCUCCGAGUUCAUAUCUAACUAAUAAUCGCUUCUCUUUAUCUGCAAUACAAAUGUGCUAAAUUAGAUAAGGAAGUAAAUGAAAGUAUACCUGUGAAUUGUAUUACUUUAUUCUUUGUUUGCAGCUGCAACUUUUUGUUAAUAACAGAAGAUAAAGUAUUUAACUUUGAUAAUUCAUUGCGGUGUAAGGGGCAACAUUUUACCCGAAUAAUAAAAACCACGUAGUAUCCAAAUUAAAAAUAUUUUUAUCUACUUCAAGUAAUCAAUCUUUGGCUUCCCUUAUACUGUUCAAAUAAAUUCGCCUCAAAAAAUUUAAAUCUUCUCGAUCAUUCGUCUUACUAAUGCGUGUUCUUUCCAACCAAGAGCACUAUUAACACGUCGGUACUGUAGGAAGACAGAUAUCUUAAGGUCUUAUCUCUGGCCAAUGAUGUGCAUUCUGAAUUUUCCAGUACUAACUCUUUAAGCUGAAUGAGGUACAGAUCGCGUAGUCUUUUUUUAAAUGCUAAAAAAACGAACUAGGUAUAGAUGGGAAAAUAGUGGCAAAAGCUGGAAGUGGUAGUUAAUAUAUAAAUAAGUACCGUGUACGCCCACUUCACUCUUACGAGUAUCCUGUCCUCCCACUCUCACCGUAUGAAGCACUAAGUAAAUACUAAUUACCUAAUAUUCACAGUUAUUAUAUUAUUACUAGCUUACCUAACAAAGUUGAGCGGAGGAUCGUAGCUUUCAUUUAGAAAGUCCUUUAAAAAGCAAUAAAUGAAGUUGAAAUGUUAUUAGUUGGAAUUUAAUUGUACAUAGUUCUAUACCUACAGUCACAUUAGAAACUACUAUAAGUUAGACUAGAGACUUGUAAAUAUUCAAGACGAACAACCUCUAUACCACACCGCGUUCCUUUUUACUUCCAUUUUAGUUUUACUUAAAGGUAUAAAAUUUUUCAUUUUCUGUAUUUGUUACUUCUAACCGUCAAGUCCGACUUUCCUGAUCGCUAUUAUGUGCAUUUAAAAUACAAUAAAAAUUUAAGCAGUUUAAGUAUAUCCUUAUUUAGUGACGUCAUCUACUAUGAAGAUUUUUAAAACUUUUUUAAGGGCUCACUAACUGCGGCUAGUCAAGUUCUGAUUUACGUUUUGAAAAUAUAAAUAGCACUAAGGUGGCAGAUUCCAUACGCAAAUAACUAAAUUGUUAAAAUAAUAUUGAAUGUCAUCUACAACAUCGAUUCGCGGCGUUGUACGGGGGCUGUUAGUUUUCUUUAUUUACUAUACUCUAGUUAAACGUAGAUAAUUAAAAUAAAUCUGUCUCCGAUAUUUUUAUAUUAAUAAAUAAAUCAGAUCAAUAACUCGUUGGGAGAAAUCUAUUCUACUGGACUGUAGGUAUUCAAAACUUCUCUUUCCAAUGCACUUGCCUAAUAUUUUAUCGGUUUAUCCAACCGAUUAAUAGGUAUACAAAGGACCAGAAAUUCGUAUUCUCGAGGAAUUUCGAUUAAACUUUAGUAGACUAUUUAAUAUAAGGCAUCUCAUUUUAGAUAAAAUCUAUUUUGCGAUAUCGUUGUAAAUAGUUAAGCAAAUUUUGUACAAUAAAGGAA